AUGGGGCCAUUUAACACCUAUUAUGUACAAGCAAUUGAGAGAUUCUUGCGAAAUAACCCUGGUAGGCAAGUAACCCAAUAUCAAGUGUCUCGUCUUCUCGGGGAGUCAUUUUUGAGCGCAGCUACUCCUUCUGUUGCGGUUAACGGAUUUAGAAGGUGUGGCAUAGUGCCAAUCAACAGAGAUGCGUUCACUGAAGCAGAUUUUAUUGCUUCUACAACAACGGAAAUUCCCAAUCCAUCUCAGUCACACCGCACAGCUGACAUCAAUCCAGUUUCACCGGACUCUGAUAAAGAAGGAUCUGCUGAUGCCGAUCCCAACGCAAGUGCAACAUCAGGGCCUGUUGAUCCCGAUCCCGAAGAAACCACAAGCUCAGGGCCUAUAUUAGGUGCCGGAGACCCCACAGCAUUAUUUGUUCUCGUCUCUUCAACCCUAAAUGCCUCAAAUGAUGGUCGUCCAUUAAAACCCGAUGCCUCAUCUGCCUUAAGCUCCAUGCCUAGUACCUCAUCUGCUAUGGCUUGUGAGCUCUGCUCAAGAUCUUGUCACUGUUGUCAAUCUUAUAAUCAUGCAACUGGUAAUGAAAAUCAUCAUUAUUCAGAUGUUCCUGCCGUGUCCGAAAACAUCGAAGAACCUGUUGCUCCAACAUUAUCUCUGGGUAAUCGCAUUUUAUGGCUGACAGACUUUCAGGCUGCUUCCGGAAUUGUUCGUUGGAUUGGCCGCAUCCCUUCUGUUUCAUUAGAAUGGACAGCUGGCAUAGAGUUCGACAAUGUCAUGCCUGGUGGAGGAAGUGGAAACUUCCAUGGGAGAAUUUAUUUUAUGUCACGACCAGGCCAUUCUCUUUUUCUUCCUGUAUCUGAUCUCAUCAAUGUUAAUGACAAUACUAGUCAUCCAAUUAGAAAUGGAGAAAGAUCAUUCUUUGAACGGUUGCAAGAUUCUUGCUCAAAUAUUGCCCAUCGCAGGAGAAGAGAUGCUACAUUUGGUCAUUUCAAGCAUGAAUAUAAAGAAUCCUUUUUUAAUCCUAGAGCCAGUUUACGAUUAAUCAAUGAAUUCAAAGAGUGGGUAGCGUGUUUGAUGACUGGCACAAACAGAAGAAAGAGGAAAAAUCAACUAGUCCUUAAGGACAGAAGAUCAGUAACUAGUGUUUUUGUCGCACAAAAUUCUCAUUCUGUAACUGGACAGAGGUUGUCUUCUUUCAGUGAGUAUUCAGCUGUUAACGUUUCUAGAAAAUCAUCCAAAUCAGAUCCAGUGUCCCCUGAUCACCUUUUAAAGAAAAACAAUUUGCUUGCUGAACAUGACAGCAAUACCGUUCAGAAAGUCAAGAGACGGAAGAAAAGACCUGCUCCGGUACCACCAACUGUUGCUUUGUCUGGCACUCCCAGACAUGAAGUUCAUACUUAUAUCAAAACCAAUACUAAAACAAACCCUGAUGCUCUUGUGAAAAUUGGAGUCUUAAAGGAGUCUACUCAUAAUGGUGUUGGAUAUAAGGUUGUGAGGUCAAACAGUGUCCACUCUCUCACUAUUUCAACUAAGAAGAAGCACAAGAAAAGAAAAGCACCACCACCACCUGUGGUGAGAGUUGUAAAUAACAAAUUUGAAGAUGAGUUGGUGAGAGAAAAAGUGAAUGAUUCUAGCUAUAGGCACAAGAGUGUAGGUAGUAAUCAUAGUAGAAGUUGCUCAAGUAAUCAGAGAACUAAAUCGAAACCAAAAUUGAAGCAACAACAGCACAACGUAAUGCGCCAGAAUGCAAGAAAUUCUUACCAUGAUGAAUCGGUCCAAUUUGCCGAUGCAACCGAAGGCUCGGAGUCUGAUGAUGAGCGAGUUUCCACUGGGUCAAUUUCCUUUUCUGAGGAAGAAAGCGAGGAAGACAAAUAUGGGCUUGUGAAGUAUAGAAUGAUGAGAGGGUUAAACGCAGUUGAAGAUGAUGUGAAUGCUCCGAGUACAUCUACUUAUUUACCGUAUUCAAAUAACAAUAACGAUGUUUGUCUGAAGAUAUCGAUACAGAAAACAGAAACGAAUGUCGUUACUGUAGAAGAAGUAUCUACUCCUCAUGUAGUUGAGUACAACAUAGAAGAAUCCUCUACAGAUUUGUCUGAUGAUCCUGACUAUUCAAGCAUGAAGAAAAUCACUAAUUUGUCUGAACCAAAGAUUAAUUCAACUGAUAGCUCUGCAGAAGAAGUAGCAGAUAAAUCAAAAACAAUUUUCGAGGAAUUGCAACUAAAACCCCCCGUUAAAGGCUCCGUUAAAGAUUUUGUUAGUGCUUUUAAUAUGUUAGCCAGUAAAAAUGGUGGAGAAACGCGGAACAAGACGCAAAAUAUGGGCUCGUCUCAGAAUAAGCCGAAUAGUUUGAGCAGCCCGACGAAAGCUAGCAAAUCUACAUUGUCCUUUCCCACUAAGUGGGAGUAUCAGACAAACAAAACUGCCAACUUCCCUUUGAAUCAGUAUUUAUUGCCCAUUGAGGAGGAAUCUUACAAUGAUACAUCUGAACAUGAUGGAAAUGCUCCUGCCGACGAUAAGAAUUCUAGAUCGUCUAGAUUGAAAAAGAAACCCAUGACUUCUAUUUCUGAAAGGAGUGAUGAUUCAGUUAAAGUGUGCUCUCAUUGUAGCGAGAAGCAUACUCCACCAUGUGUAAAUGAAAAGAAAAAUAGCAUGAACAGAAAUAUGAAAGUGGUGUAUGAUAGUGCAAAAUCAAAGAAGGGAUCCCCCACUCAAGCUUCAAUGGCUGCUAUUUCUUCUCUACUGAAUGAAAAGACAGAAAUUAAAAAUGGGAAGGGUAAGAUCAUGUCUAAUAAUAGUGAAAAUCAGGACAAAACGGAUCAACCAAUCAUGGUUGGCCUUUACAUAGAAGAUAAAUCCUCGCACAGAGGUCCAAUUCCAUUACUUGUAACUCCUUCAAUGUCACUGAAGAAGUUAAAAAAACAGAUGGAGAAAGAAUAUGAAAUUCCCAGGCAUCAGCAAUGUUGGAUAUUGGGCGAAUCCUUUGCAGUUGCAGAUGAAAACUCUUUAGCAAGCUAUGGUGUCACUGAUCCUGGCUGUCCUAUUCUUUUAUAUGCUAUGGCUAAAGAUUCUAAGAGUUAUUCUCUUCCUUCCAAAGCAAGACUUCAUCAUUCUAAAGUUGCAAAAAGUUGUAGUGAUUCAAGCGAUGAGGAGGAUGCAGUUAUAAAAAGGCAAAUAUAUAAAAUUAUUGGAGGGCCCAAGAGUAAUGAUCGGGGGCAGGAAAGGAAAGCAAAAAGUUCUUCACGCAAAGAGAUUGAAAUGCAAGAAAAAGGGAGUAAAACAAAGCCUCAAAAAGUUCCUUCCCGUUCCUUGAAGCUGAAGCAUGCAAGUUUGGCAGAAAAGAAAAAGAGUGAUUAUCACAAAGCAUGGGAAGCUGAAUAUGAAAAGAAAUCCGAUUAUCGUACGUUGGUGGCCCUGGAUGAUGUGGAUCUAGUUGUAAACACUGAACUGUUUGAAUGUCCAGUGUGUUUUCUAGAAGUUGAACCUGGAAGUGGGGCCACAUUACAGGAUUGUUUACACAGCUUUUGCAAGGAAUGUCUAGUCGGAUCUGUUCAGUACUCUGACACUGCAUUGAUUAAAUGUCCUUUCCGCAAUGAUGACUAUUCUUGUGAAAGCCAUUUGCAAGAGCGAGAAAUCAAAUCUCUUGUUCCAAAAAAUAUCUACGAGCGACAUCUACAAAAAAGCAUGGCUUUAGCCGAGAGUCAAGCUCAAGAUAGUUUUCAUUGCAAGACUCCGGACUGUCCCGGUUGGUGUCUUUUUGAAGACAAUGUGAACACAUUCUUAUGCCCUGUAUGUAAGAAGACCAAUUGUCUAACCUGUGCCGCUAUUCAUGAAGGCAAAAACUGUCGCCAGUACCAAGAUGAUGUAGCCGUCAGAUGCGACAGUAGCGAGGAAGCUCGAAAGACCAAAGAAUAUUUAAAGAGCAUGGUUGAAAACGGAGAAGCUAUGGAAUGCCCUCAGUGUCAAGUCAUUUUGAUGAAAAAGUGGGGUUGUGAUUGGCUCAAGUGUUCAAUGUGCCAUACUGAAGUGUGCUGGGUUACCAAAGGACCACGCUGGGGCCCUGGUGGACGAGGUGGUGAUACAAGUGGUGGUUGCAAAUGUAUGUUGAAUGGAGUUCGAUGCCAUCCCAAGUGUAGUUACUGCCAUUGA